AUGUACGUGGGAAUGAACGACAACGCCCAGGAGUUUCUAUCAGCAAGUCAGACGUAUAACAGUCAGAAUGAGAAUAACGAAGACUACGAGAUCCCUCCCAUAACGCCCCCGAAUCUCCCCGACCCUUCCCUCCUGCACCUGGUGGACCACGAAGCUGGAUAUCACUCCCUGUGCCACAGCCUCCCUCCAAACAGCCUGAUACCAGCGUAUCCCUACCAGAACAUGGACCUGCCGGCCAUCAUGGUCUCCAACAUGUUGAGUCAAGAUGGGCAUCUCCUCUCCAGCCAGCUACCCACGAUCCAGGAGAUGGUCCACUCGGAUGCCACAUCCUAUGAGUCCAACCGUCAAGUGCCCCUGAUCAAUCGCCCCGGGAUGUUAGCCGGCCCCAUGAGCGCUCUCAGCCAGUCGCAGCUGAUUUCUCAGAUGGGGAUGCGGAGCGGUGUUGCCCACAGUUCCCCCUCGCCCCCGGGAAGUAAGUCUGCUACACCAUCUCCCUCCAGUUCUACUCAGGAAGAGGAGACAGAGUCACAUUAUAAGGUUACCGGAGAGAAAAGGCCAUCAACAGACCUGGGCAAAAAGCCCAAAAGCCAAAAGAAGAAGAAAAAGAAGGAUCCCAAUGAGCCCCAGAAGCCCGUGUCAGCCUACGCCCUGUUUUUCAGAGACACGCAAGCAGCCAUCAAAGGGCAGAACCCCAACGCUACCUUCGGAGAUGUAUCGAAAAUCGUUGCGUCAAUGUGGGACAGUCUGGGAGAAGAACAAAAACAAGCAUACAAGAGGAAAACAGAAGCCGCCAAGAAGGAGUACCUGAAAGCCCUGGCAGCGUACCGGGCCAGCCUCGUCUCCAAGAGCUCUGCCGACCAGGGGGAGACAAAAAGUGCCCAGAGCAACCCACCUGCCUCCCCGCCGCCCUCCUUCCAGAUCAGCCCCCCCCUCCACCAGCAGCUCUCCUUGCACCACCCGCAGAGCUCCCUCCUCAGCCAGCCCCUCAGCAUGCAGCAGGUCCCCCAGCAGCCCCUCCUGUCCCCUCCCAUGGCACUACAGGUACAGCCCCCCAUGAACGCCUCGCCUCCCGGGCAGCAGGACUUCUCACAUAUUUCGUCUGAGUUUCCGAACAGCGUUGGACCCCGCUCGCCUGGCACAUCAAACCCUCCGGGAAGCACUGAGUGGGACAAUGACUACCCCAGCAGAGAGUGUGGGAUUAACCACUGCAGCAUGCUGCCAAGGGACAAGGCACUCUACCUCACCUAAAACUCCACGUCUCUAGUCGAGGGGGCUCGGACAAAGGACACUUGAGAGGGUCGAUCUUACCGACUACCCGGAGAGGCACCGAGCAAGUCGUACGGACGGGAGAGCUACCGCUGUACCUCGUCGCUGGCUUCGUUUCCAGGCUCUAAGAGCAGUUUUCUCUUAUUAUUUUUUUUUUGGACUCUAAAAAGUCUACUUUCCGUGGAAGCCCAAAAACCUCAUAAAAAAUCAUGAAGAACAAAAAAAGAAAAAAAUGAAAUAAAAAAUAAUAAAAGAAAUAAACACAAAACCAACAAAAAAAAUAAACUAAGGACACCGUUUUUCUGCUUGCCAUCUGCUUAGCUACAGAUUAUUUUCCUAGUGAACUGCUUUUAGACGCAGCAUAGGCCCAGGUCUGGUGUCCUACAGCAUUAGGCCAGCUCAGUAGGAGGAUGCACUCUUUUGACUUGCUAACAGCACUAAACUUUGUGCAAAAAAAUGUGAAGUUUGUGUGAAUAUUGUACAUGCAAAGGCCUUGGAUGUCUGGCGAAAAAAAGAAACAAAACCCUAAAUAAAAACUAUUGGUAGGUAGGUGGGGGAGAGAGAGCGGAAGGCGAAAUGCGAGAGGAAAAAUUUGGAGAUCAUGAAAUUAUAAUUUGUUGGAUAGUUGUAAGUAGUUUACUAAGUGUUUUAGAGCUGUGCUAAAGACAUCUUUAAGAUUUUUUUGUGAAAAAAAAAUUAGUAGUUUACUUUAUAGUAAAAGCAUUUUAUAUUAAUUGUAGCACAUUUUUUAGUUAUACAUAGAAGGGAGAUGUGUAUAAAAAAAAAACAACAAAAAAAGCCUGCCAAACUUGUUUCUAUUAUUUGUACAGCAAGAAAUGGACAAUUUAUAUCCAUGUUGAAUGGCAUUAUUAUAUUUUUUUCUGCCAUAUGUCCAUCUAUUUAAAAAUUGCUGACAAUGAUUUUUGUCUAUUUAUGAAAAAUUAGAGAGCAUAAUUACAGUUUCUCAUAAGGUGCAUUUUUGGGGGUUUUUUUUUAUUUUUUAUUUUGUUUGAGGGUGCUGCUUUCGCAACACCUGGCACAUUCGGUUCACAAUGCUUAUCUUACCUUUCUUUAUAAUAAAACAUAUGAAAAGUA